AUGCCCCGAAGCGAGGCUGCCGAGAUCUUUCAACGCAUCAAGGCCGUAGCCCUCAACUCGACCCCAUGCUCGACAUCGAGAUUAUGGGUAGCUUUCGGCGAGCUGAUAUUGGAGAGGGUACAGGGGAAACAGACUUGCGGUGACGUUGACAUCUUGAUGACCCGACCCACUAACGACGGGAAAUCCCAUCGAGGCAUGCUGUUGAACAAACUACUCCCCGUGCUUCACAGUCAACAGCUCUUGUCCCAUGACCUUGCAGUCCCAGACGACGAAAACGACCUAGAGGCCAAGUACAUGGGACUAUGUCAGUUGCAUAGCGAUACACUCAUGCGGCGAAUUGGUAUGCUUGGUGUCUACGCCACUAUGUUUGCAGGCCCAGAAGUUAACGUGUGUCUUCAGACAUCUUGA